UUUUCCCCCCAAAGGGGCGUAUUUUUCAAGCCAUCUUGACUGAAUAUCUAGCUAGCUACAUCAACCUGACACAUCUUACAUAAUUUUAUGUAACAAUUAGUGUAUGUAUUUCCAGUUGAAAACGUCUAAAUCACAGAUAUAUAACCAGGUCGAGUUUGAGCAUUUGUCUGAAGUCACCAUGGAGGACUGAAGUGCUGAAGAUGACGCUGUCGCCCCUGAAAUUACCGGCUAGCAAUGCCAUAGCUUGUUAUUAGGAGGUCCGUUUCGGUCGUAUUUCAACAUUAGCUACAUAAUAUUACAUUUCUCUGGCUCGCGCAUACCAUAGGAUCACGUUAAACAAGAACUCCGUCCUCCUCGCCCUCUCCAAUCUAGGAAGCUAGUGCAAACCCCCAUGAGGAGGCUGCGGAGGAGGGGAUGCAGGCCAGGAGUAGUUGGCCUUGAGAUGGGCAGGGGUAGAGGGAGGGGGAGGGGUAGGGGCAGGGACUCCAGUGUUCAGCUGCGGCCACCUUCCCCCUAUAGACUGCAGCUAUCUCCAUCUAGAGAAACUUUGACGUAUGCUCAGGCCCAGAAGAUGGUGGAGGUGGACCUGGAUGGAAGGCUUCACAGGAUCAGCAUCACCGACCCUCUGCCAGUCAUCACAGAGGAUGAGAUGAUGGCUCAGGACAUUGUUGAGUGCAACAGUAACAAAGAGAACAGCGAACAAACCCAGAGCAGAGCCAGACCAGGGCGCAAACCUCCCAACCCAAAGGGCCGCAGGAGGGAAAGCAAAACCUCAUCUCACCAGAGCCGACAUUCUGGCAGUCAGCAGCACACUCAAAGCCACACCAAUUCCUCCCAACACCCUUCUCACCAAAGCCCUCUCCCCGAGCCAACCUUCCGCGUGCUUGACUGCCCGUGUCCUUUAGACACACCUCCCCUACCUGUGGCCUACUACCGUUUCGUAGAGAAGUCAGGGGAGGAGCAGGACUGUGAAGCAGAGUACGACAUGGACGAGGAGGACCUGGCCUGGCUGGAGAUGGUCAACCAGAAGAGGGUAUCUGAUGGCCACGCGUCCGUCUCCCCGGACACCUUUGAGCUGCUGAUCGACCGUCUGGAAAGGGAGUCCAUCCUGGAGUCACGGAGCCAGGCUCUGUCCCAGAGUGCCAUAGAUGAGGACGCCUUCUGCUGCGUCUGCCUGGACGACGAGUGUCUCAACAGCAACGUCAUCCUGUUCUGUGACAUCUGCAACCUGGCCGUCCACCAGGAGUGUUACGGUGUGCCCUACAUCCCUGAGGGCCAGUGGCUGUGCCGCUGCUGUCUGCAGUCCCCCUCGCGCCCCGUGGACUGUGUGCUCUGCCCCAACCGGGGAGGUGCCUUCAAACAGACUAGUGAUGGACGCUGGGCCCACGUUGUCUGUGCCAUAUGGAUCCCAGAGGUGUGCUUUGCCAACAUGGUAUUCCUGGAGCCAGUGGAGGGGGUGAAGAACAUCCCCUCAGCCCGCUGGAAGCUCACCUGCUACCUGUGCAAGCAGAAAGGCCGGGGCGCGUCCAUCCAGUGCCACAAGGCCAACUGUUACCGGGCCUUCCAUGUCAGCUGUGCCCAGAAGGCUGGCCUCUUCAUGAAGAUCGACCCGGUCCGGGAGACAGGGGUCAACGGAACCACCUUCUCUGUGAAGAAGACUGCCUUCUGUGAGAAUCACUCCCCAGUCGGGUCACGGCGAGAUGGGUCAGGUGAUGAGGCUGUGGAGGGAAGGCUGGUGGGAGGCAGGGGGAACAGGGGUCAAAGGUCAUACACUCAGAGCCCCCCGGCACCGCCCAGUAAAAAGACUCCCAAAGGCCAGAAGAAGAAGAAAGGAAAGAAGAGCCUAGCUGGUCAGACGACCCGUCGCUCUGCUGUGCCUGUGCUGCUGGUGCCUCAAAUCCCCUCUCACAGGCUGAAUAAGAUUUGCAUUGGGGUUGCUGUCCAGAGGAAGAACCAGUUCAUGCAGAGGCUUCACAACUACUGGCUGCUGAAACGUCAGUCCCGAAACGGCAUGCCUCUUAUCCGGCGCCUGCACUCGCAUCUGCAGGCUCACAAGACUGCUGAGCAGAGGGAACCAGAUGAGAAGCUUUGUGCGGCGAGGGAGGAGCUACGGUACUGGCAGAAGUUGCGGCAGGACCUGGAGAGAGCCCGGCUCCUGGUGGAACUCGUCCGCAAGAGAGAGAGACUAAAGAGAGAGCAGAUGAAACUUCAACAGGCUGCUCUGGAGCUGAAGUUGACCCCUGCGUUAAUACUGCUGCGCUCCACCCUGGACCAGCUUCAGGAGAAGGACACGGCACAGAUUUUCUCUCAGCCUGUCAAUCUAGCAGAGGUGCCAGACUAUCUGGAGUUUAUCUCCAAGCCAAUGGAUUUAUCCAGCAUGCGUGCCAAACUGGAGGCCCAUGCUUACUGCUCCACAGCCGACCUGGAGGGGGACUUUAACCUCAUGGUGUCCAACUGCCUGAGGUACAACUCCAAGGAGACCGCGUUCCACCGAGCCGCCCUGCACCUACGAGAGGUGGGAGGAGCCGUCCUCCGCCACGCCCACAGACAGGCGCAGAGCAUCGGGUUGGACCCCAGCACAGGCAUGCACCUCCCAGACUCUCCCAACAAGCACGGCUUCUACCAAUGCACUUGGGAGGACGUGGACUCUCUCCUGGAUCCAGACAACAGGCUCCACCUGUCCACAGAGGAGCAGCUGAAGGCCCUGCUGGAGAAGCUGGACAUGGUGGCAUCCAUGCGCUCCAGUGGAGGACGAACCAAACGCAUCCGGCUGCUGCGUAGAGAGAUCAACACAGUCACGCACAAACAACAGCGCUCACAGUCGCACAACGGGAAAGAGGAAGAGGAGGAAGAAAAGGGAAAGAAGGACAAUGUGGAGAACAGUCCUUUAACAUCAGCCUCUACUCUGGGGAAAGAUGCCUCUCCACCAACACUAGAGCCUUCAUGCCCAGCGUCGUCCCCCCUGCAAGGCGAUGCCCCACCUGAGCCACCCGUACUGGGCCUUGUGACCGCAGGGCGAAGGUCACCAGGGCGCUCUUACAAACGCCAGAGAUCCUCCCCGAGUGGGGGAAAAGGGCAGAGUGACGAUGAUGCUGAAGUUGAGGAGACAGCGACACCGUGUAAACAGAAGGAGGAUUCUCAAAAGUUUUCUCCUUCACAGACUCCCAGUCCUCCCACUAACGCCUGUCCAUUGAUUGGAGUUGGCCGGCGGACAUCUGUUCUGUUCAAGAAAGCUAAAAAUGGAGCGAGACUGGCAAAGAUUAGAGCAGCUCAGUUACAGUAUGUAGGGACCACUGAGGGUAAAACCAAUGGAUUGGACAGUUCCCCCACCAUUACAAAACCUCCCAGUGAGACUGCCCUUUCCACCCCCCGCCCCUCCCCCCACUCCCUCCUCACCGUCAUCCCACCGCCUGAGGUCCAGAGGGCCCAGCUCUGACAGCGAGAGACAAGCCCCCCCCCCCUUGUCAAAGUCGAAGGCUUUACAAAUGGUCUAGGAAAGCACAAAGAUGACUCUUCAGACAUAGCAUCCAAUGACCAAAAACACAGUGUCCCCCCGCCACCCAAACGCAGCCGUGGUAAACCAGCUCUGGCUAAAGUCCCAGAGAGACAGAAUGGAGGCUCAGGGGGAAGUAUGCUUUUGCCCUUUGAUAGUGACACAGAGCUCACACCACUGGACCUGGUCUGGGCGAAGUGUCGUGGGUAUCCAUCAUACCCAGCAAUGGUUGUUGACCCAGACAUGCCUCAGGAAGGGCUUCUUCACAACGGCAUCCCCAUCCCCGUGCCUCCUGGGGACGUGCUCAAACUGGGGGAGCGGAGGCAGAAGGAGACCGGGGAGAGGCACUACCUUGUGCUGUUCUUCGACACCAAGAGGACCUGGCAAUGGCUGCCACGGGACAAGUUGCUGCAAAUGGGGAUGGAUGACACGGUGGACAAACUGCGCCUGAUGGAGGGCAAGAAGCCCAGCGUCCGCAAGUCUGUACACACGGCAUACAACCGUGCCAUGAUACACCUGAACCACGUUAUCAACCACGUCAAGGGGAACCUCACUUUCAACCCCUCCAAUUUUAUAUGAAGGAUUUUAUUGUCAGUCUGCAAAUCCACUGCAAACUGUCUGGCUAGGACUGCUCAAACCCUCACCAAUAACAAAAAUCUUCAGUGAGAAAAUAACAAUUUCUUCAUUCAUUUACUAGAAGGUGGACAUGGAAUUUGAGUUGUUCAAUAUACAGUUUUCUUAAAUAAUUAACUUUCUUCUCAAAUAAUGUUCCUAUUGGAUUGUCAACAUUGCUGUACACCAUUUUGCUAUGGGGAAACUUAAGUUUUAGAAAAUAAAAGCAAAUGGAACGGACAACAUUGGCAGGAGCUAAUACUUUGUUGCCCAGCCUUUGGCUAAGUUAACUGAAAAAUAAUUAGCUUGCUGCACCGUUCUACUGGCAAUUUGUCCUACUCUUCAGCUGCAGACUGCUCCAAUUCUUCAAUGUUUGAGUGGUGUCGAUCUCGCCAUAGGUUUUUGAUGGGAGUCAGUUCUGGACUUAUCACUGGCCACUCCAGAACAGUUCACUGUUUUAUUCUUGAAACAUUCCUGGCUGCUUUUUGAUGUGUAUUUGAGUUGUUCUGCUGGAAGACCCAGAACCUUCAACAGAGACCAAGUUUUUGGACACUGGGUUGAACAUCGUACUCAAACACCUAAUAAUCUCAUGAUUUGAUGAUGUCUAGUACACAUUCAAGGACCCCAGAGGCAGCAAAGCAACCCCAGGCUUUUUUUUUUUUUUUAAACGUUUUUUUAAAAAGUUCAAUGGGGCUUUCUUGUCUCUUUCAGGAGUGGGGCCCUUCCUAUGUUUACCAAUGACCAAAUUAAGAAUUCAAAGAAAAGAACACCCUCACUAGAAUCAAACAUGGGGGAAGGUUCGAUAAUGCUGUGGGGUUGCUUUGCUGCUCUGGUACGUAGGGACUUGAAGGUGUUUUGGAGUACGAUGUUCAACUCAUUGUCCAAAAACUGGGUCUCUUUUGAAGAGUGCGGGUCUUCCAGCAGGACAACAACCCAAACACACAUCAAAAAGAACCCAGGAAUGGUUCAAGAAUAAGCACAGGAAUGUUUACAUUUACAUUUAAGUCAUUUAGCAGACGCUCUUAUCCAGAGCGACUUACAAAUUGGUGCAUUCACCUUAUGAUAUCCAGUGGAACAACCACUUUACAACAGUGCAUCUAAAUCUUUUAAGGGGGGGGGUUAGAAGGAUUACUUUAUCCUAUCCCAGGUAUUCUUUAAAGAGGUGGGGUUUCAGGUGUCUCUGGAGUGGCCAUCGAUAAGUCCAGAUCUGAAUCCCAUCAAAAACUUACGGAGAGAUCUGAAAACAGCAGUUGGUGGAAGGCAUCACUCAAACUUUACAGAAUUGGAGCAGUCUGCAGCUGAAUAAUGGGCCAAAUUGCCACUAGAAAGGUGCAGCAAGCUCAUUUAUGGUGUUUUUUUUGCAGUCAACUUGGCCAAAGGCUGUGCAACCAAGUAUUAGCUUGUAGGUGCCAAUAAUGUUGUCCAUGGUAUUUAGCUUUUAUUUUCAGAAAAAAAAAAUUGCAAACUGAAGUCCCCCCCCCAAAAAAAUGGUUCUGCAAUGUUUACAAUCCAAUAACAUUUGGAGACCAACAUUUUCUUUGGUAAUUUCUACUUAUUUUAGAAGACAGAGAAUUCUUUAAAUGAGUGAUGAUCUGGUUGACUCUGACCUUUUUUUAGGGGGAAUGUUAUAAUUUUGGUAAUUGGGGGGAAAUGUGAAAGGAGGAGUUCCUAAAAGACAUGGAUUUUAGAAUAUAUAUUUUUUAAGAUAAAAUCUGAUUACUCAUUGUGAUUACUUUUUAGUACUUUACACAACCACUCUGUUGCAAUGAGUCUAGUAAUAAUAUACAUUUUGUUUUAGCCCAAAGUGAAUCAAGACAAAGAAAGUCAUUGUAUAUAUUUUAUCCUCAAAGGGGAUUUGCUUGAUUCAAAGCAUAUUCAGAUUUGUCAUUGAAAUGCCAUGCUUCUUAUACAUUUUUACACAUUGAUGCUAUUUCUGGGUUUAUUUCUUUCUUUUUUUUAUAUGAAAUGGUGGUGGUGCGCUUGUUGCAGCUAUUUGAUGGAACAGGACUUUUGAAUGUCUAGUCAUGACUUAAGAAAUGGGUCACUGCAACCACUUCAAUAAGGUCAAUAACUUGGGAUUCCAGUCAGUGGCAAGAUGUGAUUUGCAAACCCUCCAAUGACUUGAAAAGCACAAUGUUAGUUUGAAAUGGUUUGUAGAUUGAGCUCUGAAGCCAUAGGUAUGAUAAAAAAAAUGAAAAAAACUUGGUUAUGUGCAUAUAUAGAAGCAUAUGCAUAUUUGUAUAUAUGUAAAUGUAUGUGUUUAUAAUACACAAAGUAAUUUAAGGAAUGCAAAAAAAAUCUAAAUAUUAGAUUUUAAUUUAUAUUGUGACAAUUGAGUCUGUUAUUUAAAAAAAUAAAUAUUGAAAAAGAUGUAGGAAGCUUUGUAGCUCUUUGUAUCAAUGUUUCCUAGUGGUCAGUUGGCACAAAACCCUGUAGUUGUCUAGGCAUAAGUGCACUAGCCUACUAGACUGUUUAUUAGGUGGCGCAAAGGAGUUAUGGAUCUUGUAAUUUGAAUUAUACCACAAGAUCUAAAAUCUGUCAAACAAUAUUUUCUCAAAUAAAUAUUGUUUAAAACA